GGGGCGUCGGGCGUACUGACUCGGUGUUGCUACUUCCUCACGCUCGCUCCGCCGCCGCCGCCGCCACCGCCGCCGCCUCGUCCCUCCCGCCCCAAACCAAAUCGUUGUCCUCUCCGCCCAACUCUCUCCACCUCCGGAGCCUUCGCCACGACAUGCUCCACUUCUCAUACCGUCUUUCCCGAUCUGCUUACGGAUCCUGGUUUAUGGCAAGGAACAUCGGAUUAAAAGGCGCGAAGGAAUGGGGGAAGCCGAAUUGGUGCCGGCGCCUCCCUUAUGCCAAUGAUCUUCUCCGCACCUCAAGUAGUUCCCUAGGUGAACAUUUUGCGACCACCAAAGGGACAGAUAGCGCAGAAGUCCAUGUUAGCUAUCCUGCUAACCGUGAUGAUGGUGGUUAUGUAAGCUCGGCCUACGUCAUUAAGAACACCAGCCAUCGCCACGGUUCUAUAUACGCAAGAGACUCUGGUCUUCGGGGACAAUGCCGUAUUACUGAGCGUGGUGAGAAUGUUUUUUUGGUGAAGCACAACUGGAGCCAAUGAUGAUAACAGAACCCACAGAUUGCUGGCCUGAUAGGGCAAGGUGUUGUGUGCAUUAUACUAGUUGCAUGAUGCAAAUUUUCUCAUUAAAGUUGGCUAGAAUUUCUACUAACAUGGACUCCAUACAACUAUAUGGAUACAUAGCAGUGCGGGAUUGUCAAGAUCAAUUGCUUAAUUAUGUUAUUAAUCAUAGCAGGGAUGAUCCCAUCAUUAUGCGACAGGGUUCUCUCAUUGAGAUGACUGGACCUAAGCGAGGCAUCUCAAUGACUUCCUCUGUUCUAAUAGAGUUUGACAUGAGGAUUAAGAUAGGAGAGCAAGAAGAAGAUGAUUUACAAUUAGUUGACGGGGUAGCAGACUACUGCAAUCUAACCAUGCCUUGCACGCCAUUCACGAAUCGCAUUCAUGGGGAUUGUGGUGCAGUUGACAUCACUUUAGCAAUGUUGUACAGGGCAGUGGAGGCAACAAUAGAGGUUAACGUAUCAAAACUGCAGAGUGGAUUCAAUUUGUCUCUCAGUUCGUUCGUGUUUAUCCGUGGGUCACCUCACAGAAUUGAGCUCUUUCCUGGCACUAUUGGCGAGUCAUGUAGCUUAAGAAGACGUGUGAUUUCCGUAACAAAGGAUACUCCGAUGCAUCUAAAGUUCAAAUAUGGUCAAGAAGGCUCUAAAAAUGGUGAGCUUGAACGCUGCUGCUACUUCAAAGCGAGCAUCCAUGGACGUGCCUGUCGACAAAUAAAACUUAAGCCUGCCUUUAUCUCAGUGAAGGUGACUUGGUCUGCUGUUUUUUGAGUAAUGUGGCUUAAGAAGAUCCAUGAUUGCCGUAGAGAUGGAUACUUGGAUGCAUUUGAAUUUCAAAUACGGCCAGAAAGGGCUCUAAAAAUGGUGAUCCUGGACACUGCUGUUACUUCCAAGCGAACAUCCAUGGAUGUGCCUGUCAACAAAUAAUGCUUCAGUUUGUCUCUAUCUUGGUGAAGGGUGACUUGGUCUCAUGGUUUUAAAUAGCCCGCUAUAGCUCCGCUAUAGCGUUUAGAAAAGGCCCCGCGCUAAGAGUCUUUUGUUCAAACACUUGAGCAAACAUUUUAAAUAGCUCGCUAUAGCUCCGCUAUAGCACGCUAUAGCAUUUAGCUGAGGUCCACCGUACCGCUAAGAGGCUUAGCGCGCUAUUUAAAACUUUGCUUGGUCUGCUGUGCUAGACUAAUAAGUCAUUGUUUGUUUCAUAUAUGAAUCUUAUCCGCGCCAUUUGAUCUUGCUGGAUGUAUGCUUGCUUGGCACCAGAUGGAUGUUGCAGA